AAACUCAUCUCUUUCUCUCUCUUCUUGUCGUUUCUUCUUCCUCCUUCUUUCUCUCUGUGUUUCUUCUCCAUUCUUUCUCCUCUCUCAAUUAUUCCCCAAACGAACCCUAACCCCAAACUCACGGCAACAAGGACGGCGGGACGGCGACGAGUACGGCUUCCAUCUUUCUCCUCUCAUUUUUUCCCCAAACCCAUCUCUUAGAACCCUAGCCCCAAACUCACGGCAACAAGGACGGUAAAUCGGCAACGAGGAAGGCGACGAGUACGACUUCCAGUUUUCUGCAGUUUGUGAGUCCGGAAGGGGUGACAUUUAAAGGUCGAUAUGGCUGAGAGACAACAGCAUGAGCCUCAGCAUGCCACUGAUCCACAGUUACAGUCGCCUGCUUCAAAGGAGGACAUGAUCUCCUAUGUGAUGGCCUUGGAGGCUGCUUUGCUACCAUGCUUGCCUGCAAGAGAACUUCAAGCAAUUGAUCGUUCUCCGCAUCCUUCUCAUCAGAUUGAUGUUGAGAGACAUGCUCGAGAUUUUAUGGAGGCAGCCAAAAAGCUUCAGCUCUAUUUUAUUGGUUUGCAACGAGAGGAUCAACCUACCAGAGCAGAAACCCUACGAAAGGAGAUUGCUAUGAUGGAAGAAGAGUUGAAAGUAAAGUCUGAGCUUAUCAACAAGCAAGAGAAACUGAUUCAAGGAUGGAGGACAGAGUUGAAAGACCAAUUAGACAAACACAAUAUUGAGUUGGAAAAAGUGUAACAGAGUGAAGAUAGCUCUAUGCUAAUUUAAGACAUUUUCUAUAUUGUUAUGUGAAUUUUCCUGUUCCACAAAUUAGUGGUCAGAUUUUCUGCUGUGGGCAUGCUCUUCAACUAGAAUAUACAAAUAUUCAUGCUCUAGAUCUGAUCAUGCAACAUAAGAUUGGUUUGAGGCAUUCGCCCUGUGGUUUGCAAAUGCUGAAGUAGAUAAAUUGACUGACUUGUAACUUUUGUCUUGUGACCGCCUAGAUUCUCUGUAAGGCAGGAUGCAUCUGAUUAUGGCUGAUUGUAUUACAAGAGCUGUCUGGAUGAACUCUACGCAAGUGCUGUGAAUAAAUCAUCUUGGUGUGGAUAUAAA